GCGCAACUAGCAAGCAAGCAAGCAAGCAAGCAAGCAACCGAGGAAACUGGUUUGGUUUUGUAGGGCUUGCACCUCUCUUUCAGCGAGGCAGUCCAAUUUAUGCAUUACGGCUAUGUAGGCACUACAUGAUAUCAAAACGCUGCGCCCGGGCUUACUUCACUUACCGUCACCAUCACUGCAAUAUUAUCGGAGCUUUCCAAGUGCCUACAAGACUAAAUUUACUGCAUUACUUUUCAUCCAAUACUAUCAAGUGUUAAAUGCAAUUUUUAAUACACACGGUUACACGGUUUACAUACAACGUAAAAGUGAGCAGAAGUAUAUGCAAGUUUGUAUUCGUGUAACGGUGGUGGUCUUUGUAAUAUGAAUUUUCUAUCAAUUAAAAGCUUGUGACUGUUUUGUGUGGUAUCUGGUGCUUCGUUUUAUAAUUUGUUCAAAAUUAAUACUGUGAAGAUUUCAAAUUUUGUACAGCUAUGGCAGAGGGAAAUGGGGAGAUAAAAAUGGAAGAGAAACAGUCUAAGGAGGAAAUGGAAUAUGUAGAGAGGACAGAAGAUUUUUCAAAAUUGAUUCAGUACGGACUGGAUGAAAAAGUAGCUGCAAAAUUGGAUGAAAUUUAUAAAACAGGAAAAUUAGCUCAUGUGGAUUUGGAUGAAAGAGCAUUAGAUGCAUUAAAGGAAUUUCCAGUUGAUGGUGCAUUAAAUGUACUCACACAGUUUCUUGAAUCUAAUUUAGAGCACGUAUCAAAUAAAUCUGCAUACCUUUGUGGUGUAAUGAAAACCUAUAGACAGAAAAGUCGAGCUGGACAGGGUACUGGUACCAGUACUGCUCCAAAAGCACCGGAUGAGGACAAAAUAAAGAUGAUUCUUGAACGAACUGGAUAUCCUUUGGAUGUAACAACAGGACAACGGAAAUAUGGAGGUCCUCCUCCAAACUGGGAAGGUCCCACACCAGGGACUGGCUGUGAGGUAUUUUGUGGAAAAAUUCCAAAGGAUAUGUACGAAGAUGAGUUAAUUCCCUUAUUUGAAAAGUGUGGGAAAAUUUGGGAUUUAAGAUUAAUGAUGGAUCCGAUGGCAGGUUGCAAUAGAGGAUAUGCGUUUAUCACUUUUACUAACCGAGAGGCUGCACAGCAAGCUGUUAGAGAGCUCGAUAAUCACGAAAUAAAACCCGGCAAGAAUCUGAAAGUAAACAUUAGCGUACCUAAUCUACGACUUUUCGUGGGGAACAUACCAAAAUCGAAAGGCAAAGAGGAGAUUCUGGAGGAAUUUGGUAAAUUAACAGCUGGUCUGACCGAGGUGAUUAUCUACAGUUCACCGGAUGACAAGAAGAAAAAUAGAGGCUUUUGCUUCUUAGAAUAUGAAUCUCACAAAGCUGCUUCCUUAGCCAAACGAAGACUAAGUACCGGUCGCAUCAAAGUAUGGGGCUGUGAUAUCAUAGUUGAUUGGGCUGAUCCUCAAGAAGAGCCUGACGAACAAACCAUGUCUAAGGUACGCGUCUUGUAUGUUAAAAAUUUAACACAAGACUGUUCGGAAGAAAAACUGAAAGAAAGUUUUGAACAGUAUGGUAAUAUCGAAAGAGUAAAAAAGAUCAAAGACUAUGCCUUCGUCCAUUUUGAAGAAAGAGACAAUGCCGUUAAGGCAAUGAAUGAAUUAAACGGGAAAGAAAUCGGAGGUUCACACAUCGAGGUAUCCCUUGCGAAACCACCGUCCGAUAAAAAGAAAAAAGAAGAAAUGCUUCGUGCUAGGGAGCGAAGAAUGAUGCAAAUGUUUCAGGGCCGAAGCGGAGGAUCUCCAUCGCAUCCAAGCAUGAUGGGAGGACCUAUGCCAGUUCGCGGACCAGGACAAGGUCCUCGAGGUACUGGCGCAGGUAUGCGAGGACAAAUGGGAAGAGGCGAUUAUGCUCUCAUGGAAAUAGAUUAUGAUUACGACUAUUACGGUUAUGGGGAUUAUCGAGGUGGCUACAGUGAUCCAUAUUACGAUGACUAUUAUCGAUACGAAGAUUACUAUUUCGAUUACGCGCCGCCUCCGCCACCUGCCAGAGGGAGAGGCAGGCAGCCUCAACCGGCUGGACGUGGCCGUGGAGUAGUGCCGCGUGGCCGAGUCGGUGGCCCCCAAGUCCGUGGGCCAGUCAGGGGGGGACGCAACCCCGCAACUUCAGGGGCUCGUGGGGUCCAGCGGCUGUCCGCUCGUGGGGGGGUCCGCGCCAAGGGAAGUUUACCAGGUGAGGAUGCAGGUAAACGAAAAUUUGACGGGGGUCACCAGAACCAGGGGGAAUCUAAGCGUCGCUUCCAGAGCAACUGGGGAAACCAACCCCUCGCCCAACAACCACUGGGCAAUGCGUACGGAUUGGCGAGUGUGAAUGGUGGCAGUGGUGGUGGUGGCGGCGGUGACAUAGGAUUCGGAGGUAAGGCCGCCACACUCGGCGGUAUUUCCAGCGAUGAUCACGAAUGGUACCAAGACUCCUAUCAGUCAUGGAGCUAACUUCUACAAGUCUGUGAGUGAACACGCACGCACGCACCCAUCUAAGUACGCACGCAAGCACGCACGGCGAGAGAAUUAACGAAAGAACAAACAACGUAUACACAUUGGAGUUGCUGUAAUGUACGAAGAAGGAUGCAAAUUGAAAAGCAACGAAAGCAAAAUGUAAUUGCGAAAAAAAGGAAGGAAACAAAGAGUAGUAAUGUUCGGAGGAACUUGGAAGAGAAGGAAAGAUCAAUCGAAAGGAGAUAGAAAACUUACGUAUAAUGCUAUUUACUCUAUAAAAUUUGGCAAUUGUAAAUGUUUUUAUGCCUAUUUAAUCAUCAAAUGAUGGAAUGGACGAAGGAUCAUGAGGAAGCGCGUGAAGCGUCGUACUAGGCGUCACCACCAUCGCCCGCUGUUGUUGUGAUUAUAUAUACAGUGAUGUGCCACUGGGACUAAUUAUUACAUCGGAGUGACCACCCAACAACCCACCCCGUACUAUUACUAUAUAUAUACAUAUAUAUAUAUAUAUAUACAUACAUAUAUAUACACGUAUAUAUAUAUAUAUAUACUAAUCUACGUACUACUACAUUGUCACAUUGUUUACUGCCAAGUGAUACAAAGAUCAGCGAUGUUGACAUUGGGAUUGUGAUGGCUUGUAUUAAUUAAGAAAAAUCACGGAAGCCUGCGAUUUUACUAUGCUACAAUUUGGAUUUUCGUGUGUAUGUGCGAGAAUGCGUGUACGUAAUGGAUAGAUCAAGGAAGAGUAUACAUACUGGAGAGACAAGAACAAGAGGAAAGGGGAAAGAAGAUACAUGUGAUGAUGGGACGUGGAAGGAUAAAAUAAAAGCAUGUAGGAAAGAAUGAAGAAGCGGAAGCAAAAAUGGCAAUAUGGGCGAGGAGGAGGAGAUUGGUGUGAAAGAGUGUAAGAAUGAGUGAAUUGGUUUAUGAGCGUGAAUGAAAUAUUACAAAUCUAUCGUUGUAGCGAUCAAUUUAAGUAGUUUUUUCUUUCUUUUUACAAGAUAAAGAAAGAGAAAAUUCUAUAUAACACGUUUUACGAGUGCGUGCUUACAUAUGGUGUGCGCGUAUGUCUGUGUGUGCACGCGCGGUGCGCGGGUGUAUAUGCAUGUAGUGUGUGCGUGAUGUGUGCGUGCAUGCGUUUGUGUGUGCGUGCGUGCGUGCGUGGGUAGGCUGUGUGGGCUGCGUGUGCACGUAUACGCGCACACGUAUGCAUGUGUGAUGCGUGGAGCGCGCCAAGCGCCGCUAGACCUUCUAUUGUUGGUCUAUAAUGUGUACAGUCAGUGAAACUAUUAUUAUUAUUAUUAAGAGUCAGGCAGGUUUUACAAGGAUAGAAUGUGAAACGUUAGAAAUCAACGGUUCUGCGUGAAAAUAUUUCUCAUUUGUUCGAUUACAAUCGGGAGUAAGAAUUAGAGUACCAAGUACGAAAAGAGUAGAUUAAGAUGAUGAAAACGAACGGAUGGACUGAAGAAAUUAAAGCUAUUUAUUAAGGCAACAAAAUUGUUUAGUAAAAGAUUCGUUUGUAUAGGAAAAUUUUAAAUGAAAACGUCCAAAUAAUGGAAAAAUUAGAAUUUAUAAAUCGAUAACAUCUGUUUUCUAGGUUUAUUAUUCUCUGUCUCUGUUUUAUAAUUUUAUUCUUUCUCUUUUUUAUUCCGUUUAUUUUGUUUUUCCUAUUUCGUAGUUAGAGAAUCGAACAAAGAACCGUUGAAUGCGUACAGCCGAACGAAAUAAAUAGGGGAAAAAAUGUUAUAUGUUUCGUUUGUAUUCUUAUAUUAAAUUUUACUUUCAAAAUUUUUAUGUUCGCGGAAUCUUUGCCACACGUAGGCAAGUUUCUUUUUAGAGCGACUGACUACCGAAUUUGAUAAUGAUAGUCACGGAUUGAUUUAGGAUGUGUAAAGUGUACACAGCGUUUACAAAUGCAUGAACACAUACAGCACACAUUUUGAGUGUUGACUCGUUGUUAUUGUUAGCCUGUUAGUUAAUUAGUAAGAGUUGCAAAUGCGGGCUAUAGUUGGUCCCUGUCCCUGGAGCCCAGACACCCCCUGUUCUGGAGAAUAAUUGAAAUGAAAAACAUAAGCGAAGCCUAAUAGCGUUUUACACAUACCCCCGAAUUGUGACGAAAAAGUAGAUAAAAGAUGAGAAAGAUCAAUUCAUUUGUAACGAAGUGACUGCAUAUCACCGUAUUGUCUUAUCGUAUAUAGCAUCAACGAAAAAAUCUAGCAUAAACUUCGGGCUCGUUGGAUACAAUGCAUACAAAAGUAGGUAUGAAAGAAAUGCAAUUCCGUGUGAGAAUAAUAAAAGGAAUAUCAAGGAAUUAAACAACCAGGCAAAAAACAAAACAUGCCCACGAUUCCUAUUCAUUGAUGGCUUUUUAAUCGAUCAAUUUCUAUAAACAACAGACUAUUGAUAUAUAGUGGUCGAUUGGUUUUAAACUCUCGUAUCGACGAAUAUUUUGUUGCACAUUUUAUUCAUAAUUACUCAAGUCCGAUUUUAUUUUGUCAUUGAUACAAAUCUAGUAACGGUGACACACAGCUGUAAACUAACGAUCCAAGUUCCCUCAUUUCUACUUCCUGUCCCCGGUCAUGCGGUCGUGUAAAUGAAACAAGUAGAGAGAAAAGGAAUGAACGAGCGUGCGAUUGGUACAUAGAUAAAGCAAGGCGUAAGAAAAAGCAGAAAGAAAGGAAGUGCAUGAUUGAAAAUGGUUGAUAGGAUAUAGGAGUGGAUAAAAAAGAAACGAAAGAGAGCGAGAGUGAACGGGUGAGUGUACGAUUGAGUGAAUCAACGAGCAAAUCAGUGGAAGAGAGGAAGAAGGGAAGCGAAAGAAUAGAGGGAAGCUAGAGAAAAGCCAGCAGUUGAAAAAAAUUACUGAUCUUAUCCAUGCCAAUCAACGUUAUUACCUUUCAUUUCUUUAGUCCUUUUUCCUCGUAACUCAUUAUUCACUUACCAUAUUUUAUACCUACCUAUUCUACUUAUCUACACAUCCUAUUUAUAAAAACAUAAUAUCAAGGAUAUAAUAAUAUUAAUAUUAACGAUAUGAUAAGAAUGAUAUUGCUAAUUAUACUGAGUGGGAUUUUGUAACACAAUAACGUUUCAAUAUAAAUUCUGGUUUUCCUUCGAAAUUAUAAUAGAGGAAGAUUAUAUACUUGUAUAAGGCAGGCAGAUGGGAAGCAAGUAUGCGAGAACGAAAGAAAGAAAGAAAGAAAGGAAAGAAAGAAAGAAGAAACGAGCGAACGAAAAAAGAGGAAAAGUUCAGCUUGCGGGGGCAAGGAAGCAUAACCUGGCAAAAGCGGAGGCAGUUCACGGUGACGAGACUUUAGACUGAUCUAGGUACUAGCGUUACGAUAUUGGCCCUACCCCAGCGUUAAGGCGCCCCAAUAUUAUAUCAUUUAUCCUUUGCUAUUUUAUACAAUUGACCGGUGUGGCAGCUGGGGUGCCUGGGGGUUAUCGGUCGCAUUUAGGAUAAUGCACCACUGUGGCUGACGAUGCUGUAGCCGCGCGCACCCUUUUACCCGGUCAUUGCCCUAAUUUGCGGCACACAUCCUUGGGAACUUGACUCUUCUUGGUUGGCCCGUGUCAAGCGGAUGUUGUGUGAUUUUUGGGUCGCUCAAUUUAUGUUAAUAACGACCCAAAAAGACGUGUUUUUUAAUUAUAUAUAAAUAUAUUAUAUAUUAUAUUCCUGCGGAUAUGCAUUUUGUGACGUGAUGUUAUUUAGCACUAAUGAGGAAAACAACAAAAAUGAAGAAUUGUACGGAAAGAAAAUGAAAGAAAAAUAUUUAAAAAAACAAAAAAAAAAAAGGAAAAAAAUGUACGUAACACUAUUCACACGAAUAUAUAUAUGGUUUAUGUUUCUCGCGCCACACAUGCCACGUGUCAGCUCCACGGCUAAAAGUGAACAACAAAUUUCAAACGACCAAAUUCUUUCAACGUUGAUAAUUGCGUUUUCAGAUUAUUUUUUAUUAUUAUUAUUCGUCAUCUUCCAAUUGCUUUGCUUUUUUUAAUUCCCGCAAUUUGAAAAGUUGUCCCUAAUUUUAGUGUGACGUAGUUGAACGUAAUAAUUAUUGAUGAAUUUAAAAUAAUGUUGAAAUGGUUCCUUUUUCGGGCUAGGAGCUUGAUUUAAAGUGUCAAAGAUUUUUGUGUAUGACCAGAUGUAUUCUACAUGUCUCAAUAAACAGUUGUAUGUGAAUUACCUUUCUUAAA